GAGUCGAGCGAUUGUAGUGCCGAGCUGCCGGGGAUCGGAGGCCCGCAAGUGGAGGGAGAGGCCGGGGUCUGGGGUCCGCGAGUGAACGGAGAGGCCGGGGUCCGGGGCCUGCGAGUGGAGGGAGAGGCCGGGGUCUGGAGCCCGCAACAACGGGCUUCAGAGCCGGGGGGCGAACCAGAAUCCCGGGUCCCUUGUGAGGGGCGGGUGGAGACCGUGAGCCCAGGGCCCGGAGUGAGGGGCGUGUGGAGACCGAGCUGCACCGGCGCCCACAUGGAGCGGCCCGAUCCCCAGUGAUCGGGAUCGAGGCGGCGCCGCGUCGGGCAUGGAACUUGACCCCCGGCCGGAGGGGGUCGGGAGCCCGCGGUUGGUGUUCCAGCCCUGCGGGGCUGAGGAGGAUGAGAGCCCCGACAUAGGGUUCCAGCCCCCUGGGCCGGAGGAGAGCGAGAUUCCCGGGAUAGUAUUCAAGCUGUCCGGGCCUGAGGAGAAUGAGAGCCCCACGAUAGUGUUCCAGACCCCCGGGCUUGAUGAAGACGAAUCGGGAGAAUACGAGAGGCUGCGGGUGGUGUUUGACAUGUUUGACCUGGCCGGGGAAGGACUAAUUCGGCUGGAGGAUUUCUGCCAGAUCGCCAGUAGCUACGGAGCAGAGCAGGUAAAGGAAUUAACAAAGUACCUGGAUCCUGCAGGUCUUGGGGUCAUUGGCUUUGAUGACUUCUGUCGCGGAAUCGCUGCCAUCAAAAAUAAUGGAGAUUCUGACAGUCAGAACGAUGAUGCUGGAUUUGGAAAUGAAGAUGACGUACUACCCUGCUCUGAUGGAUUUGAGGACUUCAAUUGCUUUGAGACUAACGAAGUGACAGACAGUGCUUACAUGGGCUCUGAGAGUACGUACAGUGAGUGUGAGACUUUCACAGAUGAGGACACGGGUACGCUGAUUCACCAUGGAGCACACGAUGAGUUGGAAACUGACAGUGCCAUAGAUGCUACGUUAAACUCGGAGUUCACAGACACGCCUGAAGAUCCUGAAAACAGUGUUCUCUUUAAUGGGACCAUGAACACUGAAGAGCACUUUGAAGAUUAUGGAGAGAGCAAUGAAAAUGACUUUGCAUCCAGCAGCUUGUGUCAGGAUGGAGGCUUCAGCAUUAAUGGCCACUUAAAUCGCUCAGCACUGCUUUGUCCCAGUGAUCAUUUCACCUCAACUUUGCAAAGUAUCAUUGGGGAAGAAAUGCUCGAAUUUUACUGCACCCAGUGUCAUAAACAAAUCAAUCGUCUGGAAGAUCUCUCUGCUCGCAUCAGCUGUCUGGAAAUGAAUAGUCCCAUCAUGAGACUCGGGAACAAGAAGGUGGCUCGGCACAUCGAGCAGUGCGGUGCAGCGGAUAGCGAUGACAUGGAGGAGCUUCCCGGGACCUCACUGGCACACUUGCCCUCUGAUCUGACUGAGCAGGUGAUGUUCCUGGAGAAGCGAGUUACUGAACUGGAGCAGGAGAACACAUCGAACGGGGAGAUCCACUGUCGCCUUAAACAGGAGAACCUGCAGCUAGUGCACAGAGCAAACGCACUGGAAGAACAGCUGAAAGAGCAGGAGGCCAAGUCCGAGCAGAUGUUACUGGAGGAAGUAAAGAAGCAGAAAGACAUUCUGAGCAAAGUGGAGCGAGAGCAGGUCAUCGAGAUGGAGAAUCUGCACACCAGGUUACAGCAGCUUGACGAGGAGAACAGUGAGCUGCGAGCAUGUAUUCCAUGCCUCCGUGCAAACAUUGAGAGGCUGGAGGAGGAGAAGAAGAAGCUCUUAGACGAGACGGAUGAUCUGACGCAGAAGUUAAAGGAUGAGCAGGAGAACAACCAGAAGCUGUCAGACAAACUCCUACACAAGAAAUACCAGUUCCAGAAAGAAAAGGAAACCACGCAGGAGCUCAUUGAAGAUCUGCGCAAACAGCUGGAACAGCUCCAACUCUUCAAGCUGGAAGCAGAGAGAGUGCGUGGCCGCUCAAGCAGCAUGGGGCUACAAGAGUACAACUGCCGAAACCGAGAGACUGAGCUGGAGCACGAGAUCAAACACCUCAAACAGGAUAACCGGAAUCUGAAGGAGCAGAAUGAUGAGUUGAAUGGCCAGAUCAUUAACCUGAGUAUCCAAGGAGCAAAGAGCCUUUAUACAGCCUCCAUCACAGAGUCACUGGCUGCAGAAAUCAGCUCCGUUUCUAGGGAUGAGCUUAUGGAUGCUAUUCAGAAACAGGAAGAGAUAAACUACAGGCUGCAGGACUACAUCGACCGAAUUGUUGUGGCAAUUAUGGAGACAAACCCUGCUAUCUUGGAGAUCAAACAAGCUGAGGCACACUCGUAGCCUCUCAGGACCAGUGUAUAAAACAGUAGCUCUUCUGUCACUUGUGUGUAAACCGUGAGGCAAUUUGGCUGCAAAAUUCUUUGUCCUAUCUUUUGAAUCACGGACCUGUGUAAAUCCCACACAAGCUUCUCCACGUCUUCCUGUCCAAGUGCCAAGCUACAAGAGGCAGUUGGUCAUUCCUGGCAGUUUUCUCUUCACCGGUCACAACUGUACCUGUGUGAGGAUCGUAGAAUGGGCCGCUGGUCUACCCAGAACUGGACAACCCAGGAAAUAGCCAGUAACAUCAUGUCAUUAAAAUUCGUGAACUAAGGCCACACACGAUGAUGGGAUGGGGAGUGGCAGGAACAGCAAGUUAUGGAAUGGGAGUGUUGUUCCACUCAUCUCUGUUGUGCAUGUAAGCAGUAGGUUAUCUAAUGGGAACUGGGAUUCUUUACAGGGCUGGCUUGGGUUUAGCACAGUGAAUCCAGCUUUUUUUCCCCCUGAAAUCCAGCCACCUCACCUUGUUCUGGUCUGGAAUUGUGGCUCCAUGUAUUUAGGGUCCCAUUCCCAGAUUUUGUUCAGGGUUAUGAAUCUACUGUUUGUCCAUCUAGGGAUGUCUUCCUGGCUCAGCUGGCCCGCUGCCUUGCAGUUUUUCAUUGUGCAAUGUUGUUGCUUUGUAUUUGUAGGAAAUCCAGUCAGCAGGGACUUGAACCGACUCUUUAUUAUGGCUUGUCAGGCUGAGUUUGGAACGGCUGUCCCCUAUAAGAAAUGAUUGUAUUGCGCACCCGACUCUGGCACAAUAGACUAUGUUAAGACUUCAGUGGUCCAGGGAAGUGCUUGAUGAGCCUCAGUCCCUGGAUCAGUCUGCAUGAGUUCAAUGAUAUUCCUUCUGACACCUCACUACAUACUGAUUGCACUACAAUGUGGAUAUAACACAACUCACUGUAACACACCAGUAACAAACGGCUUUGUACAAAAUUUGACAAUGACACCACGUGUUUGCACAUUUGCUCGCUUAGUUUAGUCCAACCAUGGUUGCACUGAUAUUAAUUGUUUAACAUGGCUCUGUGGUGAUGCUCCUGUAAUGCUGGUCUCCUACUCACAGACCCAAGGUCUCUGCAAAUAAACACAGGUGCCCAGUGAUACUAUGAUAUUUAUUUAGUUCUUAUCAUUUACCUACUCAUCCUCAACAAAAAAAAAUCAUCUGAGCAUGUUCUAAGACCCAGUAGAUGAAGGUCUGAGAUAACUUGCUGGUAAAGAUGUUCAUGUAAGGGGUGGGAGAGUUGCAGACUGUAAUAACAUACACACAGAAUACCAGAGAACUGCACAGCUCAGUUAUGCUGAAUGUCUCCCCACCCCUCCCCCGGUAGCAUUGUGCUCAGGACCCUUCCUCUCAGCCUGGAUUGCCAGUAGGAAAGUUGCUGUGAGAUUGGAGCAAUGCUUAUUCCUUGGCAUAUCCAUGAUGCAUGAUGCAUCUCUGUGGACGAGAGGAAUUGCUCUCUCACUGACCAACAACGGCUGCUGGUGGUGGAGUGCCUCCUUUCAGUCCAUGUCUCUUCAACCUCGUACAAAGAUGUUCUGUUACGUGAUGAGGUCCCUGGGUGUUUCAGCUCGGAGUUCUCCCAGUGCCUCGUGUGUCUCCUGCAAAGAGUCUGACGCAAGGCAUUGCUGUCUGCUUGUAAACUUUGCUGCGUUGUCUCUAGUGUAAAUCGAUGUAUAUUUUGAAUUUUCUAUCCUUUACAGUAGAAAGUUAUUUUUUAUAGAAUGAAGGCAGAUUUGUACUGGAGUUAAAACCAGUGCAUUCAGUGGAAUCACAUGAGAGCUUCUCAAUUUUGUAAAGUCCAUAGAUUGUGUCUGUAUAUAGUAGGAAAGUAAGAGGGAAGCAAGUUAUAUGUUGAUUUCUUUGUGGAGAAUGCAUUAAUUUGCACUCAUUCCCAUAAAGAAAAUGAUACUGUUAAAAUGUACAAAAUGUCUUAAAUGCAAAUAGUCUUAUCAAUGUACUGUCCCUACAACUGACAACCAAUGUGAGAUUUAGCUCAAACUGUUUUUAAACAAAAUUCUGAUAAUGGUUUGUGUACCAUUUCAUCACCAGAGCUAAUCUAAGCAUCAAUACUUGCUCUUUAUACAGAACCUGUCUAGCAACCAGGAAUAAAUAUUGCAUUGAUCAUCCAUGGUUAUUGUGAAUGUUCAGAAAUACUGGGUUUGCAAAUCUGUAUAGACGGGCUUUUUGGUGCAGAGAUAUGGAAUGAAUGGUGAUGUGGCUACUGUAAGCAGCAAGACAUUGACUUAUUAAAACCUUCAGCAAUAA